CGUGCUGGGGGGCAAAGGGGGCGGGGACAUUCCAGAGCCACCAGGGAAGUGAUAGGCUGCAGUAUUUGCCACCUUCCAAUCUUUUGGCAUAAUCUCCAUUUCCAAAGAUCUUUUGAAAAUCAGGGCCAUUGCAUCCUCCCCCAGACUCCUUCAAUAUUGUGGAAUGUGUACCAUCCGGUCCUAGAGACUUGGCUACUUACCUCAGUGGAAAUGUCUUGGAAGACCAGAGAGGAAAAGCAAUUUAAAACAGCUAUUGGGCAAAAUCAUGUUAUCAGGUGUGUGAAGUCCCGCAUUCAGCCAAGUGGAAGAAGCAGCACUGUCCCGCUCAUCAAAACAAGCAAAAGUUUGGAUACCAUCUGGGAAUCCAGGACUCAACAAAGUGACUGCAGUGAUGAAAAGACCAACAUCAAAGCAACAUCAAGAUUGACCAACAUCAACAUCCCGUGGACAAAAGCACCUUUUACGAAACAGGAGAGUUUUUUUGACCACAGGGAAGCAAGCCUUUUUCAGUCUGACGAACAAGAGUUACUCAGUGUAGAGAGUUGCCCGCCACUGUUAUGCGACACAGAUAGCUUUUCAGGACUUCCAAUGCUGGACAAAUGCGAGACUCAACUCAGCAGUGACUUCCCUGAGACGGAGGAGAGAGAAAGAGGGAAGAAAAGUAGUGCUUCAUAUGUAGACGUGCUUUCUGAUGAAAAUGUUAACAAUCAGGAGGGUCAAGUUCAAUGGCAAGCCCUGGGCAAACGGUUUGAGGAGGAGAAGAAAAGGGCACAGACUACUGAAAGGAUUUGCUUGGAUCUGCUGGUGCAUAACCAGAAGUUGGAGGAUGAGAACAGAAGACUGCUCUCUUACGAUGCCAAUCUGGAGAAACGGGUGUCAGAAAUCAGCAAGAAACUGUUCAUAUGGGAACAUAAUUAUUGCACUCACCAGAAAGCUGUCGAUAAGCUGGAGAUUGAACUCCAAUAUAUAGAACAAGACAUUCAAUUGAAGGAUCAAAGGAUUGGAGAGUUAAACAAAACUAUAGAGGCACUGUGGAUAACAGCAGAUGAAUUAGCAGAUAGGAAAGUGGAAUUAACUCUGAAGAUUGGAACGGUCCAACAACAAUUAGAAGCGGCUGAAAAACAGAUGAAGGAAGGAGAUAAACAAUUGACAAAGAAUGGAAGAGAAGAGAAGGAAGAGAAAAAUUUAGAUAGAAUCAAUAAAAGUAGGAACAAUUUACAUCACAUCAUGAAGCACAUUACAAAGAUUGAGUGGGAACCCAAGAGUGGAGGGGAUCGGAAGGGUAGGAGGAAGAUGCUGUUAAAGAAAUGUGUCUUUUGA